AUGUGUGUGAGCAGCUGGCAGUACAAGAAGCUGUCAAAAGCGCAGCAGCCGAUGGAGAGGGAUAUUUACAACUUCUCCCUUCGUUCAGUCAUGAAUACCGAUGACAAAGAGCAGGAAAUGCUGUCUGUGCCGACAAGGGAUCGAAAUUUCAAGCGUGAGAGAACUGCGGGUGUGCUUUACAACUGGGACCAUAGAAUAAACGAAGGCGAUGGGAAGAGGGGCAAUUAUGAGUGA